CGCUGACUCAGCAACCACACAGAACAAACGCAGAGAGGGCAGGCAGGACAACAAACACAAAGGAAGGCAGGACGAUGAGUCUGCGAGGGGCGGUGCGCGCUGCCGUAAUCGGCGGUGCUGGCCAGAUGGGUCGACGGAUUGGUGCGGAGCUCGUGCUGUGUGGAUGCGAGGUGACAAUGUACGACCGAAGCAAGGAACAGCUGACGGAAGCCUUUGGUAUCAUGAAGGCUGAGGUGGAUAUGCUUCAUCGCCGGGGGCUCAUCAGUGCCGACGACGUAGAUAAGGUCCAGACUUGCAUCACCCUCAGUGAUGACAUUGAGGACGCGGUGAAAGAUGCCGACCUCAUCGUCGAAGCCGUCAUCGAAAACCUCGACAUCAAACGCGACGUCAUCUCAAAGGCGUCGCUCGCGUGUCCUCCCCAUGCCAUUGUCACCACAAACACCAUGACGUGUUCCGUCACAAAGGUCGCAGAGGCUGCAGCCCACCCAGAGAACGUGGUUGGGCUUCGGUUCCUGUACCCCGUGUACAUGAUUGAGGAUGUGGAAAUCACACUUGCGUUGCAGACAGAUGUUCAGGCCGCCGAACGAAUUAAGACGAUGGCAAUUUCAAUGGGCAAGAAGUGCUUCUUCAAGAAUCCUGGAAGCGAAACGUUCCACAGGAUUGACCCCAGCAUGUAUGAAACCCUUCAACGCGUCGUUGCGAUGGGGCACACAUUCCAACCGUCCAAAAACGAAUGA